AUGCCAUUCCUAGGCCGUGAAAAGGGUCGAACCCCGAAGUCUCGCAGAUCGGACGAUGAAUUCGUUGUAUUCCUUCAGGGAAUUCCGGCCCACUGCCGCUGGCAAGAACUAAAGGAUCUAGUGCGCCAGACUGCCUUGCAUAUCCGACAAGCUGUUGUAUAUGAUGAUAGCCACGGGUUUCCCACCGGAUUGGGGCAAAUAAUCAUCAAAAAUGAAGAUGAAGCUUGGCGUACUUAUCAUCGUCUAUCAACCAACGGAUGGGAAGGCCAGAGCUUGGUUGUAACGUUGGCCCGUACCAGCGCUCCCACAAAGCCCAUCGCCGGGCCUACACGAAGCCCUACAGCUAUGGUUCACACUGGCUACGUGUCUGGACAGUCAACUCCGCCUCGAUCUCAGGAUAGCACUACCAUGCCCCCAUCACCCAUCUCGCCCGAAUCCGUCCAACCCACAAGCCCAACCUUCAAUUACCCGGACUACGGCUCAAUGAUGGGAUCAGUUCCAAUCGGCCAACAACACUUCAUGCCCAUGAUGCCGGAUCCAAUGCAGUGCUUCCCCCCCUCCCCAAUGAUGCAUUGCUCCAUGUACGACGCCCCCGGCUGGGGCUUGAUGCCCAUGUACCCCAUGUCGCCGAUCCAGCCUCUUCCCGAGGCAAGAGGAGAUGGCUACCACCACUACCAUCCCCGCAAGCCUUGGACCAACGAGCCCAAUUCCAGAAUACCAACGACUCCACCGCCAGAGCGGGCCGUUUUGAUCCAGAACCUUAACAUCGCAUCAACGACAGCAGAUCUCAAGAGCCUCUUACGCGGCUCCGGCACUGUCGAACAAUGCAAUGUGACAAUCACAGCGGAUACUCGUGACAACCAAGCGCGCACACAUGGCUCGGCGAUUAUGCAAAAUUCCGAAGAUGCGAAACGAGCCGUGUCAAUGCUAAAUAACCUCACUUUCAUGGGCUCCAGAAUCCGCGUCAUGUUGGACAAGGGACCUGGCAAAUUCCGCAGUGGUAGUUGGGACGGUGCAAUGGCUGCGGAAGAGGAAGCAGAGGCCUUGAAUGAUAAGAAUUCUGGGUGUAGCGAGUGUGGACAGGAUAUCUCUACUAAGAAGUCACAUGGUCCUAGUCAACCGCUCGUUGUUGAUGGGUCGGGUCACCAGAGUCGGUCAUUAGAAUUGCUGUCUACAUCUGCUCCGACCUAG